AUGGCAUCCGGUAGCUGCGCCUGUCGAUAUAUCACUUAUACAACGUCCAACCCUCCAAACUAUCUAGUCAACUGCCACUGCACAACGUGUCGCAAACAAGCCGGAGCACCAUACCAGAGCUGGGCUGUUUUCCCAUCUGACGACAUCAAAUGGACCACCAAGCCAACUGAAUGGCGAGCUACAGAGACUGCUACACGCAGUUUCUGUCCGCGCUGUGGCUCGAUUCUCACCAUGAAGCUCGAUCGUGACCUGACGAGCAUUGAUGUGGCCGCGGGCACGCUUGACGACGGAAAGACACUGAUCCCAUUGCCCGGUCAUCAUAUCUUUCUUCAAGAGAAGGCGUCCUGGUAUAAAGUACCGGAGGAUGGGGCGAAGAGGUGGGAUGAGUGGGGGGAUUACCAUAAAUGGUAG